CCGUAACCAACUUGUCAAUGCCCUCCGAUUUCAAGCUCAAGCUUCAAGCUGAAUGUCGCGCUCAGAUCAAACAUACUCUCAGACCACCCAAGCAGCACCGACGCCACGGCCUCCGGAUCGAGUAAUCGACGUGCCGGCGGUGGCGGGGUGGGACCCGCCGGCCAAGCUGAACGGAACAGCAAAUCUAUCUCUUGACUACCUCUUCCUCCUGAGCUUUCUUGCUUUCUAUGCCUGUUUCUCGAUAGCAGCUCCGGUCUUGUUAGAAGAGGUCCUCGCUGCGCUAUACUGACCAGCAGACCGACUUCCUGCUCAGGAGAGUUCAUUGAUCCAGCGCUGGUCACUCCGGGUUCUGCUUACAUUCCCCCUCCGAAGCGCGAACGCAGAAGGGCAUCUGAAGCUUGGACCAAGUCCUUCUUUCUUCGCCCAAGGAGCAACCAAGGAGAAAUGACAGCUCUGAACUCAGGGUCGAAGACCUCGCGGUUCCCAACAUUACCAUGGGGAGUCGCUCCCCCAGCCCCGCCGAGGAAACCGUACUCACCGGAGAGAGUGCUUGAGGACAUCCCUGGCCUGAACUAUGCGCUGCACCUGUUCCUGUCGUCACAGAUGGUAGAAUCCGAGCAGUAUUGUGAGGAGUGCGAUCCCAAGAGCGAGCACCUCUACUUUGCAACGGGCUACGGCCUGAUUCAGUGCUUCAAGGGCCUGAUGUCCUUCGAGGACGAAGAUCUCCUUGCCGGUUUGAACCACGUCAAGAAUGGCAAUGCUGUCGCGAGUCAGCAUCGGAAGCGAGUUGCAUCCUUGCCAACGCGACUAGCAGGUCUCGUUUUAGGUUCCUUGAAUACGUCUGGCGUUGGAUGGAUUAAGAGCAUGACACUCGUCGAGCGUCACGCGGAACUGGUCUACGCAGAAAGCCUAUUUGAGAAGGCGUUACUCGGCAUUGUCUACUCCGGAGAUUGGCUCGCCUUCAUCAAAGAAGCACUGAACCUCCGCACGACGAUCAAUAUCUACCGCCAACUCGGACAGUUCGUCGAGGUGGCCGACGCGGAGGCGCAGGCGCGCGGGGACGGACCAGAGGAUGCGUCCAUUGAUGCGCACUUUCGCUCGGGUGUCUGCCUCGGCGUGGGCAUGUCAAACGUGAUACUGUCGCUGAUGCCAUCGAAGGUACUCACGGUGAUUGAGCUGUUUGGGUACAAGGGCGACCGCCAUGCGGGCCUUGCGUACCUGAUGAGGCCUGGAGGGUGGUCGAAGGACGCGCCGGAACCGGCCGUUGGUAUCGAGGUGGAAGGAAUUCGCCGUCCUAUCUGCGACAUGGCGCUGCUUCUCUUCCACCUUGUCUUCUCGAGCUUCACUUACGACGGUGUCGACAUCUCCAUGGCGCAGAAGCUCCUCGACUACCAUCAGAAGCAGUAUCCGAAUGGCGUCUUCUUCCUCUUCGGCCAGGGCCGACUGAGUAUCUGCCGGGGUCAGCCCGCGCAGGCGAUAGAGUACUACCGGCGUGCGGUGGCUGUGCAGGAUCAGUACAAGAACAUGCACCACAUCUCGCACUGGGAGAUCGCCGUCGCGAAUCUCUCGCUCUGGGACGUCGCUGCAUCGCUCACAAACUGGCGCGCGCUUGCUAAGGACGCGACUUGGUCCAAGGCUACGUAUACAUAUGGCGUCGCUGUCUGUUUGCUUGAGCUCGGUGACGAGAAGCAGAAAGAGGAGGCGGACAAGGCAAUGAACCAAGUCCCGAACCUGCGCCAACGCAUCGCGGGCAAGUCCAUCCCUAUCGAGAAAUUUGUCGCCCGCAAAGCGCGCAAGUUUCACGAGCAGAAGGGCCGGCUCGCGCUUGCCGCGCUCGAAUUCAGCUACCUCUUCCUUUGCAUCCAGCAUGCACCGCGAAGCGUCAUUCUCGCGCAUAUACUCCCCAGACUAACGCGCUCCUCGCGGAGCUCCAGGGCUACUGCGGCAAACCCGCAGCGCGUGUCUCUGCGGUAUAUUGCAUAUCCGGAUGCGGAUACGGUGGUGGACCCGGAGGAGAAGCUCGGCAUGUCACAAGCUGACGCGGAACGUGAUUCUGUCUUGGCUUUCGAGGAGAUCUUCAAGGACGGCGACAAGAUAACGCUCGACCAUUAUUUGAACUAUUACGCUCACUUCGAGUACGGUCGCCUUAUGGCGUGCAAGGGCGACAAAACGAGCGCCAGGGAACAUCUGGAGCUCGUCAUGUCUGGAAAAUCUCUCGAGGGCCCUGGAGUACACAGAAAGGGCAAGUACAGCAUGGAGAAUGCGCUUCACGUCCGUACACACGCCGCGCUCGAGGCGUUGGAUCGUAAGGACCGACUUUAG